AUUCAGUAUUAUGGGCCACGAAUUUAGUUAAAGCCCUUAUGAAAAUCUCUAGUUCUCAACCUGACAGCCCUACGCUCUAAAAGUUGUUCUCUGUAAAAAAAAAAAAAAUCACACGUGCCCGGACCCUUCUCUCUAUAGCUUUGCUUUCUCCUUAACGCUCUCUCGCUGUCCCUGCAACACUGCCGAAGAUCAACGUCGUCGCUCACGCUGUCCCUCCACCUUCAAGCAAGCUCUGCUCCUCUCUGCCUCUCUCGCUCGGUUCUUCCGGCCGGAAGCAAGCUCCCGCUAUCUCCCUGUCUCGCACGGCCUGAACCGACGAAGACUAACUCUCUCACGCUCGGAGUCCUUCAUCGUUGAGAGCCCAGGAUUGUGCGAUUUCCUCUCUAUCGGUUUGGCUCAAGAAGGGUCUCGUUGAUGCCUGGAAAUUUCUGGUUCAAUCGAGUCUAUUUCACUCUUUAUGCCAAGAGGUAGUAGAAGAAUCUGACUUCUAUGAAACACUCUGCCAAUCCCACAAAAUCCUUGAAAUACAUGCUGCGGCGUUGCUGUUCACAAUGACUUCGUAUCUUUGCCUUUUCUUUUAUUCAUAUGGCGGAUCCGGGUGAAAAUCAACAGCCUGAACACGUCUGCAACUUCUUCAGGAAGCCAUCACGGAACAAAAACAUCAGAAAGCGAACAGUUGUUGAAGAUGAAGAGGAGGAUUCAAAAAUGGAAACCUCAUUCUUACAGAACAAGAAGAAAACCUUAAAGCCCGAGAGUAAGCUGUACUUCUCUACUGGAUCCUCUAAGCACAAUACAUCAACGUCUGCUGAAGCAAAAAAGGAAUCUGAGACACCAAUUUUUCAGUUUGAGUCUUCAAAGGAAAUUCAAGUUGAACAUGAUAGCAGAGCAACAGCGACGCUAGAAACUGAGACUGAGUUCUCAAGAGAUGCUCGUGCAUUGCGUGAGAAAGCUCUUAAGCAAGCAGAUGAGGGUUUGAAGCGGAAAGGAAAGAGCUCUGGGGAUGAAAAGCUUUAUAAAGGGAUCCAUGGGUAUACUGAUUAUAAGGCUGGGUUCCGAAGAGAGCAAACAGUUGCCAGCGAGAAAGCAGGUGGGGCACAUGGGCCUUUGAGGGCUUCUGCUCACAUAAGAGUUUCAGCAAGAUUUGAUUAUCAGCCGGACAUAUGUAAGGAUUACAAAGAGACUGGUUACUGUGGGUAUGGAGAUUCAUGUAAGUUUAUGCAUGAUCGAGGGGAUUACAAGUCUGGAUGGCAGUUGGAGAAGGAUUGGGAGGAAGCAGAGAAAGCAAGGAAGAGAAAUCUAGCUUUGGGAGUAGAUGACGUGGAUGAUGGGGGUGCAGAUCCUGGUGAGGAAGAUGAUGAUGAUUCUUUGCCGUUUGCAUGUUUCAUUUGUAGGCAGCCUUUUGUUGAUCCUGUUGUUACCAAGUGCAAGCACUAUUUCUGUGAGCAUUGUGCAUUAAAGCAUCAUGCGAAGAACAAGAAAUGCUUUGUCUGCAACAAGCCAACGCUUGGGAUUUUCAAUACAGCUCUCGAAAUUCGCAAGAGGAUGGCUGCAGAGAGUAAAUGAGGGUUGCUCAAUGGUGAUCCUUGCUUUGUAACCUUGUUGAAAUGAGCUUUUUCUUUGUUUGUUGGUUAGUGUUGAGAGAGAAAGUUCAUUCAUCGGUCUCUUUUUGUUUUUUCCCAUCAAUGUUCCAUACCCUAUCACAAAUUCUCAAUCAACUGAUUAUUUCCCUUCGCCUUUUUUUCUUUUGGCCUAAGUUAUGACGGAGCUUUGAGUGAGCAUGUAAUACCCAGAUACGUUUCUCUCAGAAAUAUCAAAUGUUUUUGGUAAAUGUUUGUCGAUGUUGAGCAACACAAGCUACAUUGAAAAGUAAUAUAUUUGGCCAUUUACAUGAAA